CACACACACACACACACAAAGUAUUUUACUGUAGAACAUUUCUCUCUCACAUGUGUGGGAAGCAUCGUUGCCAUGACGGUGCCUGAGUCAGUGCACAGCAUAAAACCAAGAGAGAGACAGAUUUUUUAGGCUGGGCUUUACAAUCAGCAUAUGGUCGUGAGACGCUCAACGCUGAAACAUUGCAAAGAAGAAAACGAUAGAAACAAAGGAGAGGAACGAGAGCGCGCUGAGACACUGGUGUUGUUGUUUGAAUGAGCUCAGUGAAGUCUCUCCCGGGACACAGUAUGUGACGGGGGGUGCACAAAACGUCACUACACCUGCUGCGGGCUGGAAUAAAUGCACGAUAGAGAGAGAAAGAGAGAUGUCUAGUUUUCACUUUCUCAUUCGCACUAUAAAGAGCUUUGCCAAGGCAACUCCACGUGAAUCAGAUUUCUGGGAAUAAUCGUCUGUUUGGAUAAGAAGGUUAUUGGGCGGAAAGAAAACAAACAACAAUGCCCCAACGACGCACCAUUCAUUCCUGGCGCUGCCUCUUGUUCACGCGGUCGUGCGGUAUUUCCCGGUUGAUUCCCAUUAUUGGAGAGUGUCAGUAGUAGGCGGUGACCGGAGCUGCAUGCCUGCUGCCGGUGUCUCGAGCUGACCCGAUUCCUACAGCCUGCCCCCGGUGUAGAUAUGACUUCCUGGCUACAUAAAUACGGUUACCCGAGUCUGCAUUGCGUGCUGCUCUGCGUGGUAUUGGCCGCUAACAUCAUCGUCGGGAGCUCUCAUUCCGGUGAGCGUGUAUGCUCGUCUCCUCCUGUCUCGUCGUGUUCAGAGUGCCUCCGACGCGGACCACAGUGUGCCUGGUGCUUUGAGGCGGGUUUCCUGGAUGGAGCGGAGGUGGGAGAGCGCUGCGACCUGGUGGGGAACCUGGCAAGGAGGGGGUGUGGCCUAGAGUUCAUAGAGCAUCCAGAGGUCAUGGUGGAGGUCAAUGCUACGACCAGCAGCACUCAGGUGUCACCGGGAGAGAUCACCCUCACACUCAGACCAGGUGCUGAGGCCAGUGUGAUAGUAGCAGUACAACAGUUAGAGAGGUAUCCUGUUGAUCUAUACUACCUGGUGGACGUAUCAGCAUCCAUGCAGGAAAACCUGGACCAGCUGAAGACGGUGGGCGUAGCCUUGUCCCACCGUAUGAGAGAACAUUCCAGUGAUUUGCGUCUGGGGUUCGGCUCCUUCGUUGACAAACCUGUCUCCCCCUACAUCAAUGUACACCCCUCUAAGAUAAAUAACCCCUGCAGUGACUAUGAGGUGAAGUGUCGCCCAGCCCAUGGCUUCCACCAUGUUCUUAGUAUGACGGCAAACAUGUCCGAGUUUACACGCAUCAUCAAGAGACAGAGGAUAUCAGGCAACAUGGACACACCAGAGGGAGGGUUGGACGCUAUGCUCCAAGCUACUGUAUGUCAGGGUGAGGUGGGUUGGCGUGGGGAGGCCAAGCGUCUGUUGUUGUUGAUGACAGACCAGCCUUCUCACCUGGCGUUGGACAGCAGACUGGCUGGUAUAGUCACACCCCACGAUGGCCUCUGCCAUCUGGAGAACAACGUCUAUAUGGAGAGCACUACCAUGGACCAUCCCAGUUUAGGCCUGUUGGCUGAGAAGCUUCUAGAGAACCACAUCUACUCUCUCUUUGCUGUGGAACAAUUACAAUAUCAGUGGUAUGAGGAGUUGGUCAGGUUGCUACCAGGCUCCAAUCUCCUGUUCCAGGCUCCCAAACUUAUAGAUGUGGUGGUGGAUGCAUACAAGAGGUUGUUGUCAGUUGUCCAGGUGUCUGUGUCAGUGGAGGACAGAGCAUUCAGCCGUUUCCUGGUCAGCGUCUCUCCUCUCUGUCCAGAAGGAUCUGUAUCCCACGACAACCGCAGCUGCUCCAACGUCCAGCCCAACCAGACGGUCUACUUCAACAUCACCAUCGGUCUGCACUCCUGUCCUGACGAUGAUGAUGACGACGUGGUCCAGGUCUUCGUCAGGCCCGUGGGUUACAAUGAGUCAUCCAUCAUCAAGGUUCACUCACGAUGUCGCUGUCACUGUGGACCGGACUGGCAUUGCCACGACGAUACCACAUAUCAGUCAACGUGUGGUGAGGUCACCCCAGAUACAGACCGUAAUAAUCAAGACAUGAACAAUCGGGACAUGCACACACACACACCGGACCUAGACCCAGAGCACACACACACACGCCCUCACACACACACACCGGACCUAGACCCAGAGCACACACCCACACGCCCUCACACACACGGACCGGAGUGGUCACGGCAGUGUCGUGCGGAGGGAUCGGGGGUGGACUGUAACGGUCGGGGAGUGUGUGUGUGUGGGAAGUGUGUGUGUGAGAGGAACAGUCUAGGAACAGUGUAUGGACAGUACUGUCAGAUGGACGACUACUCCUGCCCCUACCAACACGGACUACUGUGUGGAGGGCGAGGUAUGUGUGUGUCUGGUGAUUGUGUAUGUGAAGAGGGCUGGACAGGAGAGAGCUGCAGGUGCCCAGUCUCUACGGCAAUCUGCCUGUCCGACAACGGGUUGCUAUGCAGCGGGCGUGGCAGGUGUGUGUGUGGCAGAUGUGUGUGUGACAACCAUCAAUAUUCCGGAGCAUUUUGUGAGAGAUGUCCCACCUGCCACAGCUCCUGUCAGUCACACUGGAGGUGUAUAGACUGUCACUUGUCUCACGGUCUGUCUCAGAGAGAGGCUGGGGAGUGCAACCAUACCUGCAUCCCAUUAGUGGGUUACGUCAAUGAUGUCACAGUCCUACUAGGCCAGGUAUGGAGACAGUGUGUGUAUAAGAAAGACAACUGUUACUAUCGCUUCCACACUGCACUUGUCUCAGGAAAUACUCUUCUACAUUUCAACACACAACCUGAGUGUGUAUCCAGUAGGCGGUAUGUGGGGACCUUCCUCAGUGUGUGUGUGUUGACAUUCCUCCCUGGCUUGGUGAUGCUGGCUGUGCUGGUGCUGCUCCUGCACAGACGAUCUUUGCCACAGGGUGGCGCCACUGAUCAACAAUACAACCCUACUGGCAAGGAUCUGUCACACGUCCCAAAGACCAAUGAGAAGACGGUAUCCUACAGGAGGGACCGCCCCCCGGGCCCUGACCGACCAAUGGAGAUGCAUAUCACCGUUCCCAAGAUGCCCCUGGGCGAACCCUGGCAGUAAGGGGUCAGGGGUUAGAGGUCAACGGUUGAAGUGGGCCAAUGCUGACCGGUACAAAAAAGCAGCAACUCUAAUGUUAUACUGCUUGAGAACCCGGCACCUGUGAAAUGCAGGUACAGUAAAAUGACAGUGAGCAGGGCAACAGGAAUCUUCUCUCAGUACACUUGCACUGGUUACAGGUUAGGGGAAGGAUAGUAAAUCAUGAAAAACUGGACAGAGUAACACUCCAAACAGGAGUCUUGUUACUGAUACUGUAAUAUUAUGUGGCUUUAUGGACUGGCAGCCAUUGAAAGGUACUGAACAUUGAUCGAUUUAUCAAUGCUAAAUAUUUAUGCUUUUAUUACAGAGAACACUACAAGUUUAUUAGUUUACUUGAUCUCUCUCUCUCUCUACUCAACCUGUAUGUCCUGUGUUAGCUGGCCACCUAGUGGUCAGUGGUGAAACGACAUAACAGAAUGGGAUGAAUGAAUAAUUGGAUGAAUGAAUGAAUGAAUGAAUGAAUGAAUGAAUGAAUGAAUGAAUGAAUGAAUGGUGACCUUGCACCAGCAGUAACGUGUGAAUAUGUGACACUCCACAAUCAUUACCUUUUUUUUUUACCUACCGCCAGAUCUACUUGAUUUCUUUAUUUUAUGUGCCUGGCAUAACUGGAGUUUUGAGAGGACAGGUAGCCUCCAACAGUUGUUAAUGUACAGUACCGGUAUCUAGUUUUAAUAUUUGAAACAAGCAUUCAUUUUAAAUUAGCAUACUUGUGGAGAGACAGAGUAGAGAUUUGCACUAGCAUCGUUACGUAGCAUGAUAGGUCGUAGUGUUGUCAGACUACUGAGCGCUAAUUGGCUCCUGAACUAUUGGGAAGGCUGCUGAUUGGCUCCUAAACUACUGGGAAGGCUCCUGAUUGGAUCCUGAACGUUCCAUAUUACACUUCUAUCUACAAGAAUUCCAGUAAACAAAACUAUGAAUAAUAUUUAAUAAUGCAUUUGUUGCAUGUUCAGUUUUUCUUUACAUCUGAUGUUUUGAUGUUUACAGCAUUCAUUAGCUGCUAAUUUAUUUAGUCCAUAACACUAAUAUUAUUAUUUAUUGUGAUUUAUUUCAAAAAAAAAAGUUUAUUGUAAUUUUUGUAUUCUAUUUUUAAUUAAAGGUACUGACUGGCUACAGGACUGUAAUAUUACAGGAUUGUAGCUCAAUGUUAAAUGAAUCAGCAAAUAUAAAAAUGAUCUCUCUAUCUGGCAGACUUGGGUCAAAUACUUUCAAAAACUGGUAUCACAUUAUUAGAAUGGUACCCAUUGUCUCACGUCAGAAAGCUUGACAACCUGCAUAGUUCAUGGCCACUCUGAAGACAAUGAAGGGCACCUACAGCACAUUUGAAAAGUAUUCGGACCCCUUGACUUUUUCCACAUUUUGUUACGUUACAGCCUUAUUCUAAAAUUGAUUAAAUUAUUUAAUUUUAUCAUCAAUCUACACACAAUACCCCAUACUGACAAAGCAAAAACAGUUUAGAAAUCUUUGCAAAUUUAUACAAAAACAGAUAUCACAUUUACAUAAGUAUUCAGACCCUUUACUGAGUACUUUGUUGAAGCACAUUUAGUGGUGAUUACAGCCUCUAGUCUUCUUGGGUAUGACGCUACAAGCUUGGCACACCUGUAUUUGGGGAGUUUCUCCCAUUCUUCUCUGCAGAUCCUCUCAAGCUGUAUCAGGUUGGAUGGGGAGCGUUGCUGCACAGCUAUUUUCAGGUUUCUCCAGAGAUGUUCAAGUCCGGGCUCAGGCUGAGCCGCUCAAGGAUAUUCAAAGACUUGUCCUGAAGCCACUCCUGCGUUGUCUUGGCUGUGUGCUUAGGGUCGUUGUUCUGUUGGAAGCUGAACUUUCGCCCCAGUCUGAGGUCCUGAGCGCGCUGGAGCAGGUUUUCAUCAAGGAUCUCUCUGUACUUUUCUCCGUUCAUCUUUCCCUCGAUCUUGACUAGUCUCCCAGUCCCUGCCGCUGAAAAACAUCCCCACAGCAUGAUGCUGCCACCACCAUGUUUCACCGUAGGGAUGGUGCCAGGUUUCCUCCAGACGUGAUGCUUGGCAUUCAGGACAAAGCGUUUAAUCUUGGUUUCAUUAGACCAGAGAAUUUUGUUUCUCAUGGUCUGAGAGUCCUUAGGUGCCUUUUGGUAAAGUUCAAGUGGGCUGUCAUGUGCCUUUUAUUGAGAAGUGGCUUCCAUCUGGCCAAUCUAUCAUAAAGGCCUGAUUCGUGGAGUGCUGCAGAGAUGGUUGUCCUUCUGGAAGGUUCUGCCAUCUCCACAGAGGAACUCUGGAGCUCUGUCAGAGUGACUAUCGGGUUCUUGAUCACCUCCCUGACCAAGCCCUUCUCCCCCGAUGGCUCAGUUUGGCCGGGCGGCCAGCUCUAGGGAGAGUCUUGGUGGUUCCAAACUUCUUCCAUUUAAGAAUGAUGGAAGCCACUGUGUUCUUGGGGACCUUCAAUGCUGCAGAAUUAUUUUGGUACCCUUCCCCAGAUCUGUGCCUCGACACUAUUCUGUCUCGGAGCUCUACGGACAAUUCCUUCAACCUCAUGGCUUGGUUUUUGCUCUGACAUGCACUGUCAACUCUGGGACCUUAUAUAGACAGGUGUGUGCCUUUCUAAAUCAUGUCCAAUCAAUUGAAUUUACCAUAAGUGGACUCCAAUCAAGAUGAAUCCAUUUUAGAAUAAGGCUGUAAUGUAACACAUUGUGGGAAAAGGAAAGAGGUCUGAAUGCUUUCCGAAUGCUCUGUACAUAAGGAUUUCGUUACAGGUGCAUAACCCACAAAUAAGUCAUCCAUAAGCAGUGGUUACGUUUUUUACAAAAUUCUUAUGUCAAGUUGAUAAUUUCAGCACAUCAGUCAGUUUGUGCGGUACAAUGAAACUAAUGCAAUAGCCCCAAAAGUUCAAACUCAAAGCUAAAUCUCUAGCUAUUUGACAUGUAUUUGACCUCAGACUGCUAACUGGGCAUUGUGUUUGUAUAAUAAAAGAUGCAUGUGAUUAAGAGUUCCUGUAACAUGAAUGUUUUAAUGAAAUGAUUAAGUGUUAGAUUUGAACUGAUGUCUAACUCGUUCUGAUUCUUUAUAAACCUCAAGUGUGUUCACUCAUUAGUAAAUGUAUCAUAAGCUGAAGUGACUAUCCAUUCAUUGAGUUUAUUAGACAGUUCAAUAGACACACAGCCACACCAAUGCAAUUGAAGACAUAUGAUCUAGUCAUAUUUUCCAAAAUAGAGUAGAUGCACAAGAAUAAAGCAGGAAAGCAUGUGGUCUUUUCUAUUCCUUCA